AUGCACAGUGUGAGUCUUGACCCUGAUGAGGAUGAGUCAGAGGCCCACAGUUUCGCCAUGUUGCAAACAUACUUGUCAUCUCUGGGAGAUGCAGAACAGGCAGAGUUCUAUGACACUACAUUGCCAACCAUAGUGGACUAUGCAAUGAAGCUCAAGACAUUGAAGCCUACUGAGCGCAGUUUGUGCUACAGUUUACAACAGCAAUGUGGAGCAGUGAGCGUGUCGCGGGGUUUCGGCGCGGCCCUGCUGGCCUGCGGCUUCCUCUCCUGCUUCCCCAAGCGCACGCCCAAGACGCACCCGACGCUCCGGGACUGCAACUUCGCGCCCUUCUUCUCCCGCCUCCACAAGUGA